UAUAACCCGGAAGUCCUUCCCGGUAUGUCUUUUUUCUGUUUUAUUAAAUACGGACAGGGCUGUUUAUAAAAAGCAAUGACAAAGAAACAUCCUAAUGCGUAAAAUAAAACCCUAUGCCUGCUGUGUAGCUCUGAGAAAAUCUACAAAUUAAGGUUGUUGAUAUUCCGUUGGAAAUAAUUGGUAGCCUGCUGCACAGCACGACAGCUGGUACUGCUGCUAUAACAGAAACAUGGCUGAGGUGCACUGCGUGGAACCGAGCGGCACUGGUACCAUAGAACACGCGGACCCGCGGGAGAUCCGCACCCCAGUCCGCCUCGCCUCCUCCCCGACGCUGAUGAUAGCGACCCGCAGCGGCACUACGAGCCCUGGAGGCUCGGCGAGGUCGGGGUUCGGCUUCCCUUUCAGGAGCAACCCGACCUCUCCCUCGGACCACUCGGAAAAACAGGGGGCCAAAUGGGUGCGCCUGAACGUCGGAGGGACCUACUUUGUGACCACCAAGCAGACCCUUUGCCGGGAGCCCAAAUCAUUCCUUUACCGACUGUGCCAGGAGGACCCGGACCUCGACUCAGACAAGGAUGAGACGGGUGCCUAUCUGAUCGACCGGGACCCCACCUACUUCGGACCAAUCCUGAACUACCUGCGACAUGGCAAACUGAUCAUCAACAAGGACCUAGCAGAGGAGGGGGUCCUGGAGGAAGCAGAGUUCUACAACAUCGCCUCACUCGUCCGGCUGGUGAAGGAGAGGAUACGAGACAACGAGAACAGGACGUCCCAGGGCCCUGUGAAGCAUGUGUACCGGGUGCUGCAGUGCCAGGAGGAGGAGCUUACUCAGAUGAUCUCCACCAUGUCAGACGGGUGGAAGUUUGAGCAGCUGAUCAGUAUCGGCUCCUCCUAUAACUACGGCAAUGAGGAUCAGGCGGAGUUCCUGUGUGUCGUUUCCAGGGAGCUCAACAACUCCACCAACGGCAUCGUCAUCGAACCCAGCGAGAAAGCCAAGAUUCUUCAGGAGAGGGGCUCCAGGAUGUGAGGGCCAAUUUUCCAGAAGCACUGGCCAAGAUGUCAACAUGUUCAACAUCUCCAAAACUCGCAAACUCUGUAAGAUUUCCAGAUCCGUGGUCGGGAAGACUUUGUCAGUGAAGCAGCAGCUUCCCUGCUGGACUUUCCAAGCACCAUCUCUCUCCAUAGCCCUGGCAGUGUGUGAGCGUGGCUCUCUCCCUGGCAGUUUGUGAGCGUGGCGGUCUCACUGGCCGUGUGUGAGCGUGGCGCUCUCGCUGGCCGUGUGUGAGCGUGGCGCUCUCGCUGGCCGUGUGUGAGCGUGGCGCUCUCGCUGGCCGUGUGUGAGCGUGGCGCUCUCGCUGGCCGUGUGUGAGCGUGGCGCUCUCGCUGGCCGUGUGUGAGCGUGGCGCUCUCGCUGGCCGUGUGUGAGCGUGGCGCUCUCGCUGGCCGUGUGUGAGCGUGGCGCUCUCGCUGGCCGUGUGUGAGCGUGGCGCUCUCGCUGGCCGUGUGUGAGCGUGGCGCUCUCGCUGGCCGUGUGCGAGCGUGGCGCUCUCGCUGGCCGUGUGCGAGCGUGGCGCUCUCCCUGGCCGUGUGCGAGCGUGGCGCUCUCCCUGGCCGUGUGUGAGCGUGUUGCUCAUGAGUUUCCACACAAUCACAGCAGGUCUCGCUACUUGAUACGGUUGUAUUUCUAAAAUGAUCAGGACUGUUCCAGCAAUCCAUCAGCUUGGCUAAUUAGUCGUGUUGAUUUGAUCUUUUUAAAUUGUUGUAUUUAUUUUGGUAGUACAGUAUAACCCCGUUCCACUUAAUGGACAAAGCUGAAAUGCUAAUGGUGGUUUAUAAUCAUAAAAAUCUAUUUACGUGGUCAGAUUAAUUUUUAUAAAUUCUGUCUGAUUUUACUUGGAUGAAAUGGGGCUACUUAAUAUUGUGGGAAUGCAAAUGGAAGAGGAGAGGAGGCUGUGUGGAUUGGAUAGUUCAGUUUACAUGCUCUGAUCACCCACAAUAUAUCUGAUUGAAUCCAGUUUUAGUAAUUGGUGUUUUAAUGGAGUAAAUCUGCCACGUCCCCCAUAUACACUUCAUAAACACUUGUCCAUGGUACAGUUUUGAACGAGCGCUGGUUCAUGCCGGACGGUGUGACUCAAUGAUACGGACAGAUUAGUAGCUAACCAGUUCAAUCUGCACAACCUUUUAUAAUGACAUGAAAGCAUCUUAUAUUUCUAUUAAUAGUGUUUUUACUCUUUACUCUUUCUGCUAAAACAUGAUCUCGAGGUCUGGUGGCUUCAUUUAUUUUUGCAGAGACAUUUAUUUUUUCGCCUGGGCUAGGGAGGGAACGUUGGUUUGGCUUGCCUCACAUUAAGGUUCGCUGUGUUAGAGGCCAGUGACUAGACAUUGAAAACGGACUACAUACACUGAUCUGCAGUUCUGCCAGGUCAGUGUGUGGGUUGCAGCGAUGAGGUGGCAUUCAAACUGGGGUAAACAACCUGGCUGGGCCCUAUAAAUAAAAAAGAGCAACAUAGGCAGGCAGACAAACUCUGCCAGUACUGACAUUAGACCUAAUGAAAUUGCAUGCACUGAGAUGAGGUUAAGCUAUGAAACUAGUGGUGAAAACAUAUCGGUGUAGCACUGGGAAGACAUAAACAUAAUAUUUGUCAAUUUAUCUUUGUCUACUUUUUACUUGAGUGUUUCAAGUUAUGGAGUGUAUUUGGGAUAUAAAGGUGGAAUUCUAAAGUUACACCUCACAGCAGUGUUUCUACAUUUCUACAUUUGUACACUGAAGCGCUCAGGCUGAGAAUGAUGGUGUGUGGACCCCAGCCGGGGGGGCGGAGCGGCUCGUUGACACCCCCCCCCCCUCAUGGUACAGGAGUUUACAAAGACCCAGGAAGUAUACCAGUCACAGCAUUCCCUGAUUUAUUAUUUCACUUUGAUCUAACAAAAGUAUCCUUCACUUGUUUCACUGAGACCUGGAUUAGAUCUAAGUGCUGUUACAGCUAUACUUGGUUAUGGCCGUGCCUUUCUUUUCAUUUAAUCCAGGCCUUCGCUUUCACUAGACUGCUAUGCAAGCGUUUUGUAAUUUCUGACGCCAUUGCGAAACAAAAAGUCCUGCUGUCAAUCACUUCUUCUGAAAGUAUUUUUCUAGCUGUUUUGGGAAGUGCUUUGGUUAUGGGUAGGUAGUGGUACCCAAAACGAGCUCUUGCAAAGUCAUCAGCCUUACCAUUGUACUUUCUUCUGAAUACUUAGGUGAAAGAAUGAGAGAUGACCCCUAAGUCUUUACAAGCACUCACUGUGCCUGCCUGCCUACCUGCAUGGAUUGUCCAGGGUCUGCUGUGUCCAGCCUCUCUUUCACAGGCACACUAACCCCAUGCAUCUACCAGACAGACCCAACCUCCCCUGUCCCUCUCCCGAUCUCUGCCCAUCACUUUGCUCUAUGGUGCUAUACUUGCCUUAUGGAUGAAUGGAGGGCAUCAUCCCCAUUCCACCCCCACCCUGUUACCAAACCACCUGCUUCCACAGCUCUGGCCUGCCCCUCUCCCCACCCUGCCCUCUGUAUCUCCUGUAAUUAGAAGAGCUCAGACCUGCAGCCCUGGAUGAUGUUGCCUGUAUUUUGGCCCAUUGCUGCUAUAUUUGGAUGUACCCAAGAGCAAACCGAUAGUAAGGUCAAAGGAAAUGCAUGAGACUGGUGUUUUGUUUUUCUCAAUGUGGGACCAGGGGGAGGUCCAGGACUGAGAUGGUCCCCUCUCCUGUCCAUUGUGGCGUAUCUGCCUGUGCUCUGAAUUGCGGCUGCGUGUGUUAGCCCAGGCUGCUGGUGUGAACGACAUUGGGCCAGUGCUCCUUGACCUGCAUGACUGAGUGCGGUUCGAUGGCCUGUGUGUUGAUGGUGCAGCUAUCAGUACUGUAGCUCCCAGACCCCAGUACUGGGUAUCCAUAUUGCUAGCUGUAAUGUCUGUAUAUAAUUCUCAGUAUUAAAGCCCACUGCCAGUAUGAUUUCUAUUGACAGCUGUCCUUAUGAACUGGCUGGCUUGUACAGAUUACAGACCUAAGCUCUCAGCGCAUUAUUUUUGUUUUCUGUUCCAGAUUCCAAUCUAGGUUAUACACGUACUCAAAAGACCUGCUGGUGAAUCCUAAAGGAGAGCUAACCCAGGCUUUUAAAUGCAUGCCUCCUGAUGGCAUUAACAGUAUUAUCACUGCUCCCCUCAUAGUUAUGCCGAAGAACCUUUUGUUCUUUUUGUUUUCUUUUUGUUUUUUAUAUUUGAUUUAGGGAUUUGUAGGUUUGUCUGCUUCUUGUGCUGAAGACCCGCCCCAUGGACCCUGCCCUGGUGAUCCAUGGGAGUGGGGCUGGACCAGGAAGCCCUGAGAUCCCAGAACCAAUCUGUGCAUUUUGCUUUUCCUUUGUGAGUUGUUGGGCAGUUUCUGGACCAUGUCUUAUACAGUGCAGUCUAGCUCUGCCAGUCUAGAGGUUUACCUUUGCUCAUUAAGCUGUUGUGGCGUUUUAUAGCUUACGUGUGUCUGAUUUUUACACGACAUGAACGACAUAUUAAACAGAACAUGCGAAAAUAGGGAACAGAGUUUCAGACAGGCAUGACUCAUUUAUGUUUUCAAAUUGCUUGUUAUUUCUAUAGCGGUCUGAAGCUUUAUAAAAAGCAGUGACUCCUCCAGCAGACACCUACACACGAUGGAUGUGAGUGAAUUGCAGGUACUGAAGUCUAAAGGAGAGUGGAAUAAAGCAUGGAGUAGUCAUUGUAAUAUGCUGUGUGAUAUUGAAUGAGAUUGUGGCUCGCUGCAGAGUCCUGUUUUAAAGACCCAGUCUCUGCUGUACCCUGGCUAACCUCAAACCCUGACUGAAUGCUCAGCGGUUCUGUAAUGUUGUAUUGUGCUGCGCUGUCGGUUUCUUGUACCGAGUUCUGUAAACCAGUCUGAACAAUGUUUGUAGCGAAUCUGCCUGGAUCCGUCCUGAAUGCAAACCCCCUCUUCCCCCUGGAGAGCUUCAUUUUGGAUUACCUGCAGGUGCUGUGUUGGAAUUGAGUGAGUUUUUAAAAACAUAAUUCCUAUUGGCCAUUGGUAUGCCCUGCCUACUUUACAGCUCUCUGUGGAUAUUGUCGCCUACUGACUUUAAUGUAAUCGAAGUGCUGCUGUGCAAAUCAAAAAGCCACAAAUGCAACAAUCUCUCCCACAAUGGGGUUGAAAGUAGUGCUAUGUUCAAUCUCUUAAUGUUCUCAAUGGCUUCUGUUAACAGAUUCAGUUCAUAGUAAACAAUGGGAAUUGGAGGAUUACAGCUGUAAUAAACCAUAUGAAAUAAUUUGCUCACCAAGCCCCUAAUUGUUUUGCUGUUGAUCUUGUUGAUGUCCCAAAAUGUUCACUCAGAACCCUGAUUUUAUUGGGGGGGUUUAUCAUGCUUUGAUACUUUGGUCUCCUCUGCACAUUCAGGUCCUUCCUGUGCUGCAGGUAAUAGGACCCUGAAUCCACAUACAGUAUUCCCUUAUUGCAUCACAGGUGGGGGUAAGGAAGUGAACUUUGGGAUGUCAGGAACAAUUUUCUUCAUCCAAGUCAAAGUAAAAUCGAAGUCCCGCAUUGUGACAAGUGUAUUGCUGUGCAUCAUUGGAGAGCUUUCCCCUCCCCGUGCCUCAUUGUAGAGCUUCCCCCUCCCGCUGCCUGUCUGUGCAUCAUUGGAGAGCCUUCUCCUCACUGUGCCUGUCUGUGUAUCAUUGGAGAGCCUUCUCCUCCCUGUGCAUCAUUGGAGAGCCUUCUCCUCACUGUGCCUGUCUGUAUAUCAUUGGAGAUCCUUCCCCUCCCUGUGUCUCUGUGCAUCAUUGGAGAGCCCCCUCUCUGUGCCUGUCUGUGCAUCACUGGAGAGCCUUCUCCUGUCUGUGCAUCACUGGAGAGCCUUCUCCUGUCUGUGCAUCACUGGAGAGCCUUCUCCUGUCUGUGCAUCAUUGGAGAGCCUUCUCCUGUCUGUGCAUCACUGGAGAGCCUUCUCCUGUCUGUGCAUCAUUGGAGAGCCUUCCCCUCCCUGUGCCUGUCUGUGCAUCAUUGCAGAGCCCCCUCCCUGUGCCUGUCUGUGCAUCAUUGGAGAGCCUCCUCCCUGUGCACCAUUGCAGAGCCUGCUCCUCCCUGUGCAUCACUGGAGAGCCUGCUCCUCCCUGUGCAUCACUGGAGAGCCUGCUCCUCCCUGUGCAUCACUGGAGAGCCUUCUCCCUGUGCAUCAUUGGAUAGCCUUCCCCCUCCCUGUGCCUGUCUGUGCAUCAUUGGAGCGCCUGCUCAUCCCUGUGGAUCACUGGAGAGCCUGCCCCUCCCUGUGGAUCACUGGAGAGCCUGCCCCUUCCUGUGCAUCACUGGAGAGCCCCCUCCCCGUGCCUGUCUGUGCAUCAUUGGAGAGCCUCCUCCCUGUGCAUCACUGGAGAGCCUGCUCCUCCCUGUGCAUCACUGGAGAGCCUGCUCAUCCCUGUGCAUCACUGGAGAGCCUGCCCCUCCCUGUGGAUCACUGGAGAGCCUGCCCCUCCCUGUGGAUCACUGGAGAGCCUGCCCCUCCCUGUGGAUCACUGCAGAGCCUGCUCCUUCCUGUGCAUCACUGGAGAGCCUGCCCCUUCCUGUGCAUCACUGGAGAGCCCCCUCCCUUUGCUGGCCCAUGUGGGCAGACCUCUACCUGCUGUCCCCUCCUGUGUGCCCACUCUGUCUCUUGUUGCCUUUACUCACUCUGCCUUAUGGACCAACAAUGACAUCAAGACUACUUUUUCUGGCCAUCAUGAAUCUAGUCAAUGCCAAGAAGCGUAAGUGGAUGUGUAACUUUCAGUAACUUCCGGAAUUGAACAGUAUUUUGUCUGAUUUUAUGGAUUAGCGGUUAUAGUUUGAAUAAAGUCCCAUCCCAGGAAUGGAUCCAGCUGUUCAGCCUGGUUUCUAGGCUCAUCUCUGAUGGUGCUCCUCCAGCUUGCCUGUCGAACACACUCCCGUUUGUAACGCUGCUUUUUGGAGUUUUGUCUGUCCUAGUAGUUAAGCUGCUCUUCUCAUGGGAGGCAGGGUUUGCAUUCAAAUGAAUCCACUGCAGAAAGACACAAAGUGACGUGGCGAAGUCCAGCAAUCCCCUUUGAAAACAAUGUGCAGGUAACAUUUCAAUACCCAGGGCGAUCCUAUUGGAAACUCGCUCUCCAGGAGAGGUAAUGAUGUAACAAGCACGUUGUGUGAAGAGUUUGUGCUGUAAUCAAACACACAUUAGAAAACAGAUUGCUUGUAAAAUGUAAACGUCUUCUGUGUUAAACCCAUGUAAACAGAAAAGGGAUCAGAAGGUUAAAGCGUGGAAUAAUUGAACAGGACUGCAGCUUUAGUAGAUUGUCAGUUUACCCUGUCUAAAGUAAUCUUUUUGCAUUGCAGUGCCCCUGGCGUUCAGUUCUAUGCACUCUGCCACACAGUGUACCUCCUGAACUCCUGAUUUCAAAUCAUCAUUGCCAUUUUUUGUAGACCCUUUUAAGGGGAUUGUUGGAGUGUUUUUGCUCAAUGGUAAUGUUUAAAAGUGCAAAAAAUGCAUCCUUUUAAGUAAGUAAUAACAAUUGCAAUAUGUGAGAUUUAGCCCUGUAUACAAAACUUUAACUUGGUCUUUUAAAGACCUGUUUUUAAACCUUUGUAAAUUUAAGGUUCCAGGGUUUUGCAAAACUCUGUCCUCUCUCUUAAGAAACGGGCAACAAAGAUUUCACAAAUACUUAACCUUAUUUAAUUUGACAAAACAGGGUUUAGAAACAGCUUUUCUGGGGAUGUAUAAAGCAAAGAAACUACCUGAACUCUUCCCUAUGAUGUAAUGCUUUUCAGCAUGUGCCAGAGCUUAUUAAGGAACAGCACUUACAAGAAUUUUUUAGCAUACCCCCCUAUUUGAGCAAAGCACAAACAUAUCUGGUUGACCGAAGCUGAAAUGUAUUUGGGGUUUGUUUGCCACACUGAAGUUUUAAAUUCUUCCAACUGUCAUGAAGUGCUUAAAGGGGUUCUAGCUGCUGAAACAGCAGAAAUCCUAAGACAGCUCUAAAUCUGAAAUUACCUAGGAAGUGGAAGACUACCUGAAGGAAAGGUAUCCAUUUGAUUGUGUGGAAUGGUGAGAGUCAGUCAUGUGACUGGAAAUCUGUAUCUCUUCAGUUUUGUGAAAAGGGCUCGUCAUUGAACAUGUCUUGUUUGUGUUUAUUUUGUAUGAUUAUUUUAUUUGAUUGUGUAAAAAGUAUUACCUGUGUUGGACAAAACUACUGAAAUAGUAAUGUGUUCACUGUGUGUGUGUAGUAGUCUGAAUUUCAACUCUCAGGCUUGAUGUCAAUUCUAAUCUCUUCUCUCCUUUUUUCUAUGGUUUGUAAAUGCAAAUACAGUUUUUGUGCUUUUAAAUUUACUCAUUCAUGGCGAAAGGAGAUGAAACGGGUCUUUGUACAGAUUCAGUGGACUGUGACACUAUGUGAUCACUCAGUGUUCAGCUUUGAGUUGUGGGUUCUUGUUUUGUUAAAUCCCUGUGUCACACUGUUGAUCUGUGGGUGCACACACACUGCCCUGCCUUUUCAAACCCUCAUUCUUUAGAACACCUUCAGCAGUCAUGCUAGGGGUUAUAAAAAAAUUGGGGCUCCAGAGUGGUGCAUCCAGUGAAGGCACUCUGCCCGGAGUGAAGGAUGCGCCCUAUAGCUUGGAGAUCGCCAGUUCGAAUCAAGGCUAUGCCACUGCCAACCAUGACCAGUUCCCAGGGGGCGGCGCACAAUUGGCCAAGUGCAGCCCGGGCUAAAGGGUUUAGGUAAGCUGGGGAGUCCUUGGCUCACCGCUCACCAGCGACCCCUGUGGCUGACUGGGUACUGCAGGCAGAGGCUAGCCUGUGUGCAAUUCAGAACUGCAUGGUCCUCCAACGCUGUAGUUCUGUAAUGGCUUCACUGCAGACUUGCAGUGCAAAAAAAAGCUGACGAUGUUUCGGAGGACGCAAGUGUGAGUGGCGUCUUUCCCGAGUGCAGGGGUUGAAGCGGUGAGCCAGGCUGAGUAAUUGGGCAUUACAAAUUGGGAGAAAAUCGGGGUAAAAUAAUUGGCAAAAACAAAACAUCCCCUAUUGAACCUGUAUUCUGGACCAGAGUGCUGUUAAUAUGUCUGGUGGACCCUGGCGCUCUCUAAUGAGAGAGGGCGCACUUUGUGUGGGCAAGAUGACUGUGAAGCUGAGUGGUUUUGUCACCCAACGUGAGUAAUGAUACCUCUUCUACCAUAAGAGACUGGCAACUGUUCACAUUACUUUUUAGAUGAAGAAUUUGUCAGUUUGUAGUCUACCGUGCACGAGACAUCAUUUACAGCACAACAAGAUGCACUGGCAUGUUCUGAAGCCUGUCAUGUUCAUUGGCUGAUGGUGGCUUUAUGGUUUAAUAAUACCACCCAGAGUUUAUUAGCAUUAACAACAUUAGCACUGCUCCCCUUUUAAAAGGGUUAACCAAGGCUUUGAAUCCAUUUCCAAACACGUAUUUGCAUUGGUAACAUUAUCCACGUACUCACAUUGGCAACAUUAUCACGGGGCCCAUUUUUUCUAAAGCAUAUUUAAAGUCUGUGGAAAGGUUGUGAAGUUUUAAUCGGAGUGAAAGAAUUCAGCUCUUUCCCCAGACGGUCCAGCUGCAAAUGUGAAAGUGGUUCAGAUAUAUUUCUUUAUUUUUUGUUUCAUUUGUUACAGCCCUUGCUAAACCUUGCCAGCAUUUUCAAUUCAAGGAGAGUACCUGCAUGUUGUGUUUUUGUAUUUUUUGUUUUCUUUUUAAAACAAUACAAAUAUUAAACUCUGACACGAUGUCUUUAAAACCCUUUUGUUUGUUAGUUUUGGAGUGUGCUAUUUAUUUAUUUAUUCCCAUUCUUGUAUACCUGGAGUCUUUUCCCAUGGAAGUUUUUCUGUACAGUUCAGUAGUUUAACUUUUUUCUUAAUUUUUUAUUUUCUUUUUUGUCCUGGUUGUUUGUCUGCUCAAGAAUUAUUUUUUCAAGUGUUUUAAUGCACUUAAUGUAUUUAAACAACCAAAAAAUUAAAGUGUGUUUUUUUUCAUAUUAAAACGUGAUGCUGUGUUGCAAA